AUUAUUUUCAGUUCCACGGUGAUAAAUAAUACAAGCAUAUACCUUCACACGUGGUCUGACAUUGAUCUAUGUGUGCAUUUUAUCACAUAGCUAACAGUUUAAUCUUUACAGCUACAAAACCUAAUCGGCCAUGGUACAUUGCAACAAAAUGGCAUUCUCUACAAGUUUAAUUCUUUUUACCAUCUUCUUUCCUCCGUUUAUUUAGCUUGAACGGAACACCUGCUUAAUUAGAAUGCCCUGUCCUACUUCCAAAGGUUUGCAGUAGCGAACCUCUGUGCAGCAGCCGUAGAGUCUACCCCCUCCCAACCCGCGCCCUCCCAUCCCUUGAGUUUGUAAUGCACUCGUUGCAGUAGGAGGAUCCAUGUGCACGGAAUGACGUCUCACUGCAAGUCUGUCUGACUGCUUCGCUGUUAUUACCAGUCUUCUGUCGGGAAGCAACAUAAUCGGAAAUCAGCCGUAAUAUGAAGUGAAUGUAAAAAAAACAAAAAACAAAAACUAGACCAUACUGUUGAGUCGUCGGUGUCAAUCGACUAAAACGCCACUGUGCUGUACAGGAUUACGACUGAGAAAUGCAGCCAUACACUUUUGCGCUUUAAGCUGUCAGAACUGGAACUAGUGGAUGUAUGGCAGGAGUAAAUGGUUGUCAGCACACUGGGAAUAUUGUAAGGAAAAAAUCUUUUUCUGUUUAUUAUCGUCUAUUCUUUUCAUUUCUGGAUUAUUGCUGCCCAGCAACACUGUCACCUGACUAAAUUGGAUGUCGUAAUUCAGGAGUAUCAAUGGUCCAGUCAUGGAAAGACAGAGAUACCAAAGCUUCUUUGAAGGCAAAGACACAGAACACAGGUGGCCUCACGCGCCCAACAGGGAUUACGGUUGUUCAGGGGUGGACGGGAAUCAGACCAACUGUGACAUUUUAAUAGAGGGUUUAAACGUCAACUCCGGGCACAAUGUAACGGACAGCUUCAAGGAGAACGAUGGAGACAAGGUCGAGGCGCCCCCGCCCUGCGCGAAACGCGCUCGACUGCUCGCCCCCCCGCGUUCCGGCACUUCCGUCAAAUUAGAACCGGACUCUAAAGAGCUUUCCAAAACGGUGGCGGAGUCCAUGGGACUGUACAUGGAUGACGUCAGAGAUGUGGACUACGGCUAUGGCCAGCAGCGGGCCCACGAGGGGCACUGCGCUCCCCAGAAACUGUACACCGGCGCCGGGCCGCACCUGGAGGUCGGCCUGCCCGGGUCGGCCGGCAGUCCUAAAUUGACGCCUCCGCCGCUGUCCUGUCCCACGGUGCCCAAUCUCCUGAAGAAUCCGGUGGAUGGUUCCUCGGGAGUCGCGCAGGGGUCUGGCUCUCUGGCACCGGCCGUCUGCUGUAGCCCCCACAACUCGCACAGCUCCCUCUCCAGCCCGACCAGCCUAGUGUCCUCCAUCGCCAGCCCCUCCUGUUUCGGGACCCCCCGCACGUCUGUGGGCAGCCCCAUCCAGCAGGCUCUCCCCGGGCCCGUCCUCUCCCGAAUUCAGCCCCGGCUCCCCACCACGUGCAGCCCGUCGAACACCAGCGGCGUCGGCUCCCCGCUGGCGAGUCCGCUCAACGUCCUGCGGUCGCCCAUCUCCAGCCCGCGGAGCAUGAGCAGCGUGAGGUCGCCGCCCUCCUGCAGCGCCAACCUGCGGUCUUCGGCGCUGAGCCCCGCUCACGGCGCUAACGGCAACGGCGGCAACGCGCACCCGCCGCUGCGCUCCAGCCCCGGUGCCGCCAACGCGGCGGCGGUGUCCAGCCCCCCGAGCUCGUCGGGGUUCCCCGUCUGCAGCCCCGACAGCGCUCUGGGCCUCGGCCUGGUCCAGAGCGACAGCCUCAGCCCCGGCGAGAGGGGCCGGGAGUUCAAAGGCUUCGAGUUCCCCAAGGUGGAGAGCGAGGACGGGGAGACGUACAGCGUGGGCCUGGACCAGACGGGCUCGGUGAAGUACAUCAAGAACGAACCCGACCCCGAGGGCAGGAGCAUGUGUCUGGCCUCUGAGCAGAGACGCUCGUCCGCCACGGCCUUCUCCGUGCAAAUAAAAAGCGAGCCAAACCACGGCGGAGCCUGCCUGAAUCUUCCCUACGACCAGCCACAGCACUCUGUGAGUCUCUUCCCUGCCACGGAGACCACUUACUUGUCCCUGAGGGAUAACAUAGAUGAGUACAGCCUCUCUGGGAUAUUGGGACCUCCCGUCUCUUCCCUGAAUGGUAACUAUGACCCCGGUGUGUUUCCCAACGCCGCGCUGCCAAAGGGGAUUAAGCAGGAGCUGAACGACGGCUGCUACUACCACGAGAACAGCGGCGUGCCGGCGUCGGCCAUCGUCGGCGUCAACUCGAGCGGCCACUCGUUUCAUUACCAGAUCGGAGCGCAGGGAAUGAUGUCGUUUUCGCGGCACGACGUGAAGGACCAGACGAACCCCUUGUUGAAUCUAAUUUCUCCCGUUACGCAUCAAGUGGAGGCCUGGAAGCCUCACCCGGACCUGUCCCAGGGCCCUCUGUCGUCCAGAGCAGGAGGUUAUGCGGGUCAGAACUACAUUACAGAAAGCGCGUCCCUGAGGCACACACCCAUCGGCUCCUCGUCGGCCAAAGUGUGCUUGGUUUGUGGGGACGAGGCGUCGGGUUGUCACUACGGGGUCGUGACCUGCGGCAGCUGUAAGGUCUUCUUCAAAAGAGCAGUGGAAGGUCAGCACAACUACCUUUGUGCCGGGAGGAACGACUGCAUCAUCGACAAAAUCCGGAGGAAGAACUGUCCGGCUUGUCGAGUCCGCAAGUGUCUCCAGGCCGGGAUGAAUCUCGGAGCUCGGAAAUCAAAGAAGCUGGGGAAGCUGAAAGUCCUGAGCGAUGACGGUUCUCUGCAGAGCGCCAAGGACGGCCAGAUGUGCCUGGCGUCGGACAAGGAGCUGAGUGCCGGCGGCGCCCUGGUGGCCGGCAUGGGCGGCGUCACGCCUUACCUGUCCCCGUCCAUCUGCAGCAUCCUGGAGCUCAUCGAGCCCGAGGUGGUGUACGCCGGCUACGACAACACCCAGCCCGACACCACCGACCACCUCCUCUCCAGCCUCAACCAGCUCGCCGGGAAGCAGAUGAUCCGGGCGGUCAAGUGGGCCAAAGUACUUCCAGGUUUCAGGGGUCUGCCCAUCGAGGAUCAGAUCACCCUGAUCCAGUACUCCUGGAUGUGUCUGUCAUCCUUCGCCCUCAGCUGGAGAUCCUACAAACACACCAAUGGACAGAUGCUCUACUUCGCCCCGGACCUCGUUUUCAACGAGCAGCGGAUGAAGCAGUCGGCCAUGUAUGAGCUGUGCGUGGGCAUGAGGCAGGUGAGCCAGGAGUUUGUGCGCCUGCAGCUGACCUACGAGGAGUUCCUGUCCAUGAAGGUGCUGCUGCUCCUCAGCACAAUUCCCAAGGAGGGUUUGAAGAACCAGGCGGCGUUCGAGGAGAUGAGGGUGAACUACAUCAAGGAGCUGCGGCGGUCGGUGGCGAAGGCCACGAGCACCUCGGGCCAGACCUGGCACCGGUUCUUCCAGCUGACCAAACUGAUGGACGCCAUGCACGAUCUGGUGGGGAACCUUCUGGAUUUCUGCUUCUACACCUUCCGUGAGUCCCAGGCCCUGAAGGUGGAGUUCCCCGAGAUGCUGGUGGAGAUCAUCAGCGAUCAAAUCCCAAAGGUGGAGUCGGGUCUCACCCACACGCUCUACUUUCACAAACAGUGAUGGGGCGGAGCGGCACAGCAGGAGGACCCUGACGUGACACACCAGGUGACCAGCCACGCCUCGGAAAAAGGCUCCCUCGCGCCCCGACGGCCAACUGGGAAAAGCAUUUGGGAGGAGAGCGCCCCUGACUCCAAAGACCAUGGAAACGUUUCAGUGGAUAAAAAGCCAUACGUUUGUUUGGUCUAUGAAUCACAAACAAUCACAACACACACGCACACCCACGAACGUACACAUGAAUGCGCGCGCACACACACACACACACACACACGAACACGCACACACAUUCAUCUAUUAAGUCACCCUGGAAACUGCCUUGUAGUAUGAAGUGCUAUUGUGAAGCUGGCUCUUGCAGUACAUUAGUCUCAAAAGUCCGUGGUUCAGAAAUGAUUUAAUAGGAAGCAGUCUGUGGCACUUUAACAAGAGAAUACAGGAUGAAAAGCUAACAACAAUAACAUCUGAGCAUUUCCCAAGGGCUACAAGAGUAUUACGGAACACACACACACACACACACACACUUAAUUUACGAGCGAAGUGCAACAAGCGAGCUUUUACCGAUAUGCAAAACCUAGGAAUAUGUACCCAUACGAGGCAAAUCAUUUAAAAAGAAGCGGAACAUUCUGACAACAGCAGAGGACGGGGGAGGUGGGAGCAAAGUUUCUGUGUCUUCUAAUUAGAACAUUCACAGCGAGAGAUGCACAAAUGUGCGCGCUGCAAACGCACCACGCCGCAAACAUCCAUAACCACGAGCUAGGACAACAGAAGCAGCAACAGAUGCAAAAACGCCGGCUCUGUCUGAACUACGAAAUUCAAACCCGGUCCAUUUCUUACAAUGGGACGUCUCAUUGCGCUAUGAUUCAUCUCUUGUGAUGCCACGCGCGUACUUACUACAGCUCUUUGUUUCAGCUGUUUGGAGUCGCGGAGUCGACCGCUCAUUUAUUCAAAAUCAGCUCUUUGUGAAACAGAAACGCAGACCAAGGUUCCAGCGAAAAUGAAAGCAACAUUUAUAAAAGUGCUUAAAUUUGUAACAAAAAAACAAAAACAAAAAACAACCUGUUCUGACAACAUUUUAUAAGAAGUCUGGGUUUCUUAAAGCUAAGCAGAUAUGACAAGCAAAUGUGCAUAUAUUGCGUUUUCAGCAUUUGCUGAAAUUAUCAGUACCUGCAGAACCUAAAAUUAUUUGUUCCACGUGUAAUGUUGCAUUACAUUAAUGAAUUAACAUCUGUAGAUAUAUGCAGAUAAAUGGCCUCUUUUAAAACAAUACUUUUAAAGAUAUUGUAAAACAGAAUCUUACAUUAAUUUUUUGUUGCAAAACAAUAUUCCUUUACAGUUUUUUGUCCAUUUGGUUGAAUACUACUGUUACAGUGUGUCCACCCAAUGAUUAUACCCAUUCAGAAAAAAAUAGUAACAAUAAUUAUGAUGUUUCCUGACUCCACUGACCAUAGAGUCAUAGAGGAGCUCUGCCACUGAUCAAUGGGAAAGCCCCAGACUGUUUGGCCAUCUUGUUUCAUUCAGAAGUUGGAGGAGGGGGGAGGGUGUCGAUACAGAGCUUUAUUUAGAAAGCUCUUUUUACAGGACAUUUCCUUUUCUUUAAAACGGGAUUAGACUGGUCCCACUGCCAACCAGUAGAUUUGCACAGAAAAUUAAAUGUGAUUAUUGAGACAUUAGUAUUGCUUUAAUGUGAUGUUUAUGUAUAGAAAUGAUGUGAGUGUGUGUAUUGGGUGUGUGUGUGGAAUGGGGGGGGUUAUGCCACUUUAUAUUGUGGGCCCAGGUCCGAGUGAGAGAGCAAACCCAAUGAUGACAGUAUACAAAUUAGCAUGUCCCUAACAUCUCAUGGAUUCAGUUUCUUGUUAUUUUGUAUAUUGCCGUGUGUAUAAAUUGUGAAGGACAUGAAAUAAGCUGUAAAGAUGGUUUUAUUGUUCAUUUUCCUUUUUAUAUAUAUAUAUAAAUGAGAAUACAUGUUAGUGGUUCAAAGCGAGACUGGGAAAGUAUUUUUGAAAGAAUUCUAUUUUGCUGGAAAAAAAAUAUUUAAGUACUUUGAAUAAAAAAAAAAAAAUUAUCUUUUUUGUAAAGUGAAAUGUUUAUGCAUGCACACAGAAAGAGAUGUUUACAGUGUAGUGAAGGGGACAUGUGCCUUUUUAACUGAUAUGUUUUGCCAUUUUCCAGUAUCUUGUAAAUACCACAGUGAGUCAUUACGUUGAGUAAUAUAAGAGUUUCCUCUUUACCUGUGUUGUUAAAAUAACUUCAGUUUGCGUUGUCUCCCACCAAUACCAAUGUUCCGGCUAGUUGGUGAAUUUGUGAAGGUGAAGCCAGGAAGUGGCAGAAGCCAUCAGGCAUGUUUGGGUAAUGAGAAUGAAUGUACAAACUAUCGAGACUGACACCAAACUACCUGAAUGUUAGUGUAACUUUUAUUUGUGUUAAUGUUGCCGAAUGGCUUUUUGUAUUAUUUUGUACACUCUGAAUUUCAUUUCAAUGUGAUUGUCUCAACAUUUCCAGAUUGCCAGAAUGGCUUUUCGGUUUUCCCAGAAGGCACCGGCGCGGUGUGUUAACACAUCUGCGGCAGGCGCGAUGCCUUCGCCGCAAUGACAGCGAUUUCCACGCUCAUUCCAAACGGAUCUUUAAAGAAUCUAAGCUCGACUGAACUGCAGCGAGACGUUAUCCAGCCUGCAAGCAGAGAGAUCCGAAUCAAAGAUCAAAUUCGAGAACUGCGGAGGACCAGAUGUGACCGUGCAACCGCUUUGGCGAAGGGCGCCAUGGGCCAGUCUUAAAUACUCUGCGAGGAGUCCACGGGAAUGUAAAAAGCAGAAGAGCUCAUCUUCCUGUCAGUUCAGCCUCCAUGGGCUGUCCGUGGAACAUCACUCAACCCUUCUUAAUUGGAAUGUAGACUCUUAAAUAAUGCAUUUUUUUCCCCUUCCCCCCGUUCUGCCCUGACAUCGGUUCAUCCUCUCUGCAGUGCGUCACCAGGACUGUCCUGAAGAAUAUGCCACUUUGUUUCACAAAGACAGCAUUCCGCUGAGAUUCAGCUGAUCCUCUCCCUUUUCCGACCAGUUCUUGGAUUCUGUAUAAUAAAAUAAAUAUGGUAACUUCAAUGAUUAUUAACUCCAGCUGAAUUUCUCAGUACUUCAUGAGAAUAAGAAUAAAAUAAAAGCAACUCG